AUGGCCAUUCUUCUCCUACCCAUGGUUUCCUUUGCGACCAAAGAGAAACAAGAGCGCUUUUUCUCCCUUCUUCAAAGCGUGGCCGAAGAAAGCUGGACGGACGAACCAGGCUGUCUCGGCUACUGCUGGUUGGUUUCUGCCGUGCCAGCAGAGCUGCGCGUUUGUGGAUUUGAGCUCUAUGCGAACCCAGCGGCCUUGACAGAGACCCAUCGAGCUGGCACGGCCUACAGAAGGUUCAAAACGGCUCUCAUGCAGGAGGAACUCGCACCUCCUCCCACGCGCGACGACCUGAGAUUUUGGUGUCCCUUGCAAGAACAUAGCCCAGAACUGAACAAAUCUCCCGGUGAAGAUACCCCGUUGACUUUCUUGGUGAGCAGAUAUCAGCUGGACAGCUCGGAGAGACGAGAGGCAUUGCUGAAGGACUUGGAAAGGGAGCACAGAGAAGCUCAAAGCACCACUUCCGCAACACGCAUUGUUGCCACAGCCCCUGACAGUUAUGACGUGGUCAUGGUACACAUUGCACACUCUACCGCGCUGGAUGAUUUACGUUGCAAGAUGAUUGAGGAACAGCUUAAGUAUGUGAACGAGGAUGCUUCCAUGGUCGGCCGAGUAUUUACUUAUGCGGUCUCACAGGAUGCGAGACAUGGGGGUGCCAGAGAUUUGCCAUCUGUGGCAAACAUCUGCAGUCUCAUUUCUUCGUGGAAAUUCAGCGAAAGAAAGUUAAAGCGGAGCCUCAGGCGCAGAAUGGACGUGAACAUCAAUGAAGUGCGGGGUACCGGGGGCGAAUCAAUAGAUGUUAUGGGUGCUGUCAGUAGUGCGAGAGUACCCCGACUUAACCCUCGGCCCCCGGCUCACAGCCUAGGGUUCCCCGAGCUCGUUAUUAGGUAA